AGGGUGGGGGGGGGGUGUACCAAAAAUCUACAAUAAGGAGAGAGAUACUGAACUAGACUGGUUUGCGUUUCCCCCGAAAGCCCGCUUUCAAUUCGGUUUUUGGAAGGUGCACAGUUAAGAUCCGUUAAUCCGGAUUGGAGAGACACACUUUAACCAACUAUUAUGUUGUACUCACGACUAAGGUGGUAAAACUAGAACUCUGGAUCCCCGCUCCCACUCCCUUCAUUUCCAACUGAUGCAUGCGCCUUUGGAAUUCUGAUCCGGCUUAGCGACCUGCGAGGAUGGAUCCAGGGCGUGUGAGUUCUUGACUGAAUCAUUGAUGCGCAGCAGCAAGGUUCUCGGAGGAGCAGGGAAGAUUGUUGGAUUCAAAAUCAAAGCAAUAGACCUGAGUCAUCAUGCAGGAAAACCAUGGCAAUGUCUUCUCCUUGGGAGGUGGUGAGCGUGAAAGAAUCUACACAGGGGAGAAACCACAUUACUGCCCAAUCUAUGGGAAAAGCCUCAGUGACAAAUCAAGUCUCCUGAAUCACGAGAAGCCCGGCACUGCAGAGAGACGUUACAAGUGCUCCGAUUGUGGGAAAGGCUUCAAGAAAAGAUCAGCCCUCCUUACCCAUGACCGAACGCACACUGGAGAGAAACCAUAUAAGUGCUCUGAAUGUGGGAACAGCUUCAGUAAUAAAUCUAGCCUGACUCGGCAUAAGAGAAAACACACAGGUGAGAAACCCUUCAGUUGCUCCAUCUGUGGGAAGAGGUUCAGCCAGAGUUCAAGCCUGAUCAGACACAUGAGAAACCACACGGGCCUGAGGCCGUACAGGUGCUCCGACUGUGGGAAGAGCUUCAAGCAGAGCUCCAGCCUCCUAGUCCAUGGGAGAACCCACACCGGCGAGACCCCCUAUAGCUGCUCCAUCUGUGGGAAACGCUUUUCUCAGAGCUCAAACCUUGUGAAACAUGAGAGAAUCCAUACUGGAGAAAAGCCCUACCGGUGUUCGGAUUGUGGCAACACCUUCAGUAACAAAUCUAGCCUGACUAGACAUAAGAGAAACCACACUGGACAGAAACCGUAUAAAUGCUCCCAGUGCGGUAAGAAAUUCAAGCAGAGUUCAGGCCUUCUGAAGCACGAGCGAAUCCAUAUACGGCCAGACCUGUCGCAACACUCUGAAUCUUUUGCCAGGAUUCAUCAAAAUUCCAGCCUGACUCCUCAUGAGCGAAGCCUUCCUGGGGACACUGUAGAAAUACUUGCUCCAAUGAUGCCACAUCUGAAAAUUCUGGGAGUAAAAAAUGGUGGCCUCCAAAAUGAAGUUCACUGUUGCGGCAGACUGUGUUUUUAAAAGGAGAAAAAGAAAUAAGUGAGUAAUGGAAAAAUAAGUGUUUCAUUACUUGUUCGUUAUUAUCAUUUGUGCUGGGAUGAAUGAAAGCAAGUAGUUCUAAGUCGAACUAGUGGACCCUAUUUUCUGCUGCUUUUAACAUGAGCAGUAGAACUUAUAAGUGUGAACACCACUCACACAACUGCAAAAGUGGGGAGGAAGUCCCGCCCCAGUGCUGUCAUUCACCCCCUCCUGUCCAGCAAACACACUUACAGUGCCAUUUGUCUGAAGGUGGAUGUGCUGUAAGCAUGUUCAUGGGUGAUUCUGUGAUUGGCAACCUGAAUUGAUCCAAGUUGCCAGUCAUGGAAUCUCCAGGGAACAUGGUUACGGUGCUUCUCCCUUCAGACAAAUGGUGCUGUAACCAUAUACGCCCAGCAGGAGGAGGUGAGUGACAGUGGCAGGGCAGGACUUCCUCCCCACCUUUUCAGUUAUAAGCGUGACCGCCUGUGGUGCUCUUAACAUCUGAAGAGGGCUAUGGUGACUCUUACCUGAACCCCUCCGAUGUGAAUUUGGUUUGUAUCCAACUUUCAGCACAUGGAUUACAAAGGAAUGUUGUCUAUACUUUGAAUGGCUGCCAUCUUGAAACAAUAUGGCAAAAAAAAAAAAAGCCCUCAUCAGGAUCCCAUAGAUCCCUCCCAUGUGCUUUGAAUUUGUUUUGGACUGUGAACAUGGUGUUAGAGGGUGGCACAAUAUGGACAUGCACACAGAUUUGGUGAUCUGAAAACCCCUCUUCCCUUCAGCAAGUAGACUACAAAUUAAUUGACCUGGGCCAUUUGGUUCAUGUCUUCAUUUUUUCUAAAGCAAAGUACACUCCUGUUUAUGACAUCUCGCAUGAAAGAAGGUCAAUGGUUUCAUCCUAGAAGACCUUUUUAAGUGCUGCAUUUGUAGGAGAAGCAGGUCUGCACAAUUUGUUUCAGCCAAACAUGACUCCACACACAACCAAACAGCAUGGCCUACCUGCCACUUGACGACCCCCUUGUAUUUGUAGUGAAAGGUAAAGUUGUGCUGUCAAGUUGGUGUCGACUCCUGAUGACCACAGAGCCCUGUGGUUUUCUUUGGUAGAGUACAGGAGGGGUUUACCAUUGCCACCUUCUGCGCAGUGUGAGAUGAUGCCGUUCAGCAUCUUCCUAUAUCAGUUUAGGAAGCAGCUGAUGGAUCAUCAUCUGUGAAUGGUUAUGGCCAGCUUGGUGGGUUACAAGUCUUUGCCUCACAAGCAGGCCUAGUGAGGACAGAUUCAGAGUUAAACUCUUUGGUACUUUUCUCUUUUCUUGGGAGAAAGAUUUAAGUAAUAGUGUGACUACCAAGCCUUAUUAAACAGAGAAUUUGCAUCAGUGAUGUAGAGAAGAGAGAGCUCAGACCUAUCGUAGAUAACAUGCUCCAUGCCAGAGAGAAGACUCAAAAUGCUCAGGCCGAGAAAUGUGUUGUCAUGCAUCACUAGAAUAAAUAUCCUAUUAAAUAUUGUUAGUUUUGCCUCAGGAAUACUAGCAGCCGUUGUCUGUGUCCAUAAACUUAAGACUAUCACUGCCUAUCCUGGGGAGUCCUUCCACACUGAUCGUAAAUGAAAGUUGGAAAUGAAUGGCCACAGGUAAAUAUUUUCUUACAUGCAUUUUAUGAGGAUAGUCAUUGUUGGGCAGCUGCCAAAGGUCCUCAUCAGGAUCCACUUCUGAUGCCUGAGACUACAGCUGUGCCCAUAGCCCCCAGGUGGUUCUGUGGGCUCUAGUGACCCACUCAUGGUGGAUAGUAGGGGGCCCAUGGUGGUGAAUAAAGGGGUCUCAUAGUAGGGGGCCUAUGGUGGACAGUUGAAUAAAGGCCUCAGGGCCUACAUAGGGUUGGUUUGGCAUCACUAGGUGGCUGUAGAAGGCCCAAGUGUCUCAGAAGGGCCUGUGGCUGACCCCAGAAGCCACACCUCUACUCAUCAUCACCACCUCCUGGAACAUACGAAGCUGCCAUAUACUAAGUCAGACCAUAGGUCCAUCUCGCUCAGUACUGUCUAUACAGACUGGCAGCGGCUUCUCCAAGGUUGCAGGCAGGAAUCUCUCUCAGCCCUAUCUUGGAGAUGCUGCCAGGGAGGGAAUUUGGAACCUAAAUGCUCUUUCCAGAGUGGCUCCAUCCCCUAAGGGGAAUAUCUUACAGUGCUCUCACAUCAAGUCUCCCUUUCAUAUGUUACCAGGGUGGACCCUGCUUAGCUAAGGGGACAAGUCAUGCUUGCUACCACAAGACCAGCUCUCCUUGUAGUGGAGCAGCUUUCCUAUGGCCCACUCAAUUUGCAGGGAGUCCAUGGAGGGAAGGUUUCUGUGAGUCCCCUGAAUCCUGGAGUCCGCCUGAGUGGAAUCCUAUGCACUUGCUUGGGAGAAAGCUGUAUUGAAUUUAAUGGGAUUCCUCCUGAGUAAACAUAUAUAGGACUGGGCUGCACCAGUCUUUUUCUUAAUCACUGUAUCAUAAUCCCUAUCCUAUUCUAGAGGAGACCUUAUUUUUAAGCUCAAAUGUCAGUUUAAAAAAAUGAUUUUACCAUUCUGUGUUCUUGUAUCAGGUGGUCCAGUGGACAGGGCUCUGCCUUUGGGUAUGAGAGUACAGGGUCCAAACCCUGCCACAGUGUAGCCUUGCUGUGUGCAAGCCAGCCACCAUUCUCUGUCUAGUAAAUGGGACCUCCCCUGGCCUACCUCACAGGGUUGUUGUGAGGUUGAACAUUAAUAAAGACUGUACCCGUUUCA